GACUACAUUCUGAAAAAGACUUUUUCUGGGUUCACCAUUAGCUUAUCCUUGCUCUGAACAUCCAAUCUCAGAAAAUGUGCCUUUCAUUGCGUUAAGAAAAUGUAAAUUUCAGGCCAAUUCCUUUUUUUAGUGAUUAAAUUAUCCUCAUGAUUCAUAUUGUAUGUUAUUUCAGAGAAUUGCAGGGCUCAGGCGUCUUUUCCUCAGUAGCCGGUCUCUGUUUAGUAUGUCUCCCUAGUGGCAAGUUAGAAAUGUACGCUGCCGCUGUCCAUGGUGCUGAUGAGAUGGACUGAUGGACUUCUGAUUAUAAUACUGCAAGAGUAGUAUUAUGUUGAGUUACACGCUAAUGCUAUUGAAUAAAGGCACUAUUUCAACAAAAAUGACAUAAUGCAUCAUCGCGCGCGCGCGCGUGUGUGUGUGUGUCUGCUGGGCACACAUUGGUGUCUACCCCGCCGCCCGCACAUGCUCAGAAAGUCCCCCCUCCGCUCGUAGGCCCCUCCCAGACACGCGUGAGAGUGAUCCGGAGCUCGGAGAAGAGCCUCGGUUGCACGGGACCGCAAGAACGUCGCUGGAUCCCGGGAGGACCGGAGAGAGAGACGCCAACGUGGGACUGGAGUUGUGCUCAGGCUGAAAGAUGUUCUCGUCUGUGAAGGCCUUUGAGGGGCAGCAUUACUCCACCCUCAAGAGGCAGUGUCUACAGAGUGGAGCGCUGUUUGAGGACCCACUGUUUCCGUCCGUGGACGAAUCGCUCUUCUACCUGGGUAACAGGAUUGGCCGUGUGCACUGGAAAAGACCUGGGGAGCUGUGCGAUGAUCCUCACUUGUUUGUGGAUGGGAUCAGUGCCCAUGAUCUGCACCAAGGGCAGCUGGGAAACUGCUGGUUUGUGGCAGCCUGCACCAGCUUGGCUUCUAGAGAGUCUCUGUGGCAGAAAGUUAUUCCAGACUGGAAGGAGCAGGAAUGGGAUCCAGAGAAGGAAGACUCUUAUGCAGGAAUAUUCCACUUCCGUUUCUGGCGGUUUGGGGAUUGGGUGGACGUGGUGAUCGAUGACCGUCUCCCCACAGUGGACAACCAGCUGGUGUACUGCCAUUCAAAUGAUAGCAAUGAGUUCUGGAGUGCCCUUGUGGAAAAAGCCUAUGCCAAAGUUUAUGGUUGCUAUGAAGCCUUGGAUGGUGGGAACACGGCCGAUGCCCUAGUGGACUUUACUGGUGGCGUGUCAGAACCUAUGGACCUUCUGGAGGGCCAGUUUGCUCAGGAUGAAAUCGGCAGAAACCAGCUCUUUGAAAGAGUGCUCAAGGUCCAUAAUCGAGAUGGCCUUAUCAGCUGCUCUAUCAGGGCAACCACAAUAGAGGACAUGGAGGCAAGACUGGAAUGUGGGUUAGUGAAAGGACACGCAUAUGCGGUGACCGACGUUCGCAAGGUUCGACUGGGACAUGGCCUUCUGGCGUAUUUCAAGUCAGAAAAGCUACAAAUGAUCCGCAUGAGGAACCCGUGGGGCGAGAAGGAGUGGAGUGGACCCUGGAGUGACAGCUCAGAGGAGUGGAAGAAAGUGAGCAAGAGUGAGAGAGAGAAACUGGGCGUCACUGUUCAGGAUGAUGGAGAGUUUUGGAUGAACUUUGAGGAUUUCUGUCACUACUUCACCGACCUGAUCCUGUGUCGCCUGAUAAACACAUCUUACUUGAGCAUUCAUAAGACCUGGGAGGAGGAGGUGAUGAGGGGCUCCUGGACCCACCGAGACGACCCGCUCCGCAACCGCUCCGGAGGCUGCAUUAACCAUAAAGCCACUUUUCUUCAAAACCCACAGUAUGUUUUUGAUGUGAGAAAAGUGGAAGAUGAGGUGCUGAUCUGCCUGCAGCAAAAGGAACGCAGAGCUACUCCCAAGGAGGGCAAAGGCGAAAACCUGGCCAUUGGAUUUGACAUCCAUAGGGUGGAGUUGAACAGAAAAUACAGAAUGCACACAGCUCAGCAAAAGGUCGCAGGGUCGAUCUACAUCAACUCUCGCUGCGUCUUUCUGAGGAAAGAGCUGAAGGAGGGGCGUUACGUCAUCAUCCCCACAACCUUUGACCCUGGUCAGCAAGGAGAGUUCCUGCUCAGAGUCUUCACUGAUGUGCCUUCAGACUGCAAAGAAUUAACACUGGACGAGCCUCCUCAGACAUGCUGGACUGGGAUUUGCGGCUACCCUCAGCUGGUCACCCAGGUGCAUGUGUUAAGUGCCGACGGCUUGCAGGGCCAAGAUGCCAAUGGAGAGCUGCACCGCUUGAUCUCCCACAAGACACGCUCUGACUUCUACACAGGAGCCUCUGACCCAUAUGUGAUCAUAACCUGUGAGGGGGAAAAAGUUCGCUCCCCCGUGUACAAAGACACACGCUGCCCUAGUUUUGAUAUUAAGGGAAUAUUCUACCGCAGAAAACCAAAGGAAGGCAUUCACAUCGAGAUCUACAAUAAGAAUGUGAUUGUUGACACCUUCCUGGGUCAGGUGACCCUCUUUACUGACCCUAAUGACCGGCAAGAGCAGCACACAGUCUACCUUAAAGACAAGGGUAGUCGCCAAGACAACAACCUUCCAGGCACGGUCACUGUGCGGGUGAUCACCUGCACCACUUUAACCAACAUCUGAUCACAAACUUAAUGCAGCCUGAGCCUCAUGCAUCCCGCCACUUCACACAUUCAGCUUGGUUUCUUCAUUCACCCUCAAUGCCUUUAUCACUCAUACAUUCUUCCUCUUUUUUACCCCUUGAAAAAAAGCUGAACCCUUAUUCACUUUCAUGUUGUCCUAAACCCCUUUAAUGCUAUGUUUUCUAUAGAUCAAAUGACAGUUUUGUAUAAUCCUCACAGUUGGUACUUGGUAGUGACCACAGUAAUCCAUACAGUAGAUUACGAGUCUUUUGAAGCCAUAUGAUAGCUUUAUGUGUGGAACAGACUGAAAUUGAAGUCAUUAUUCAGUGAUAAUAUUCUGCUCCAGUGAUCUUGUAACUUGUAAUCAGUGAAUUGAACUUGGUCUGUGCCUGAAAUUGCCCCCUUCUGAAAUCGGCAGCUUUAGUAGUAAGAUAAAAAGAUCUACAGUAUCUUCAUGGAAUAUGUUACAAACCUUUAAUAAUUAAUAAUGAUAUAUUAAAAAUGUAUUUAUACCUGUAUGAUAUUACGCUGUAUCCACAAAAUGGCAAGACGCAGAAAUUAAUUUGACGCACAAGUACAUUAUGGGUAUUCUCUAGCUGUUUAGCGUACAUCUGUUGUACACUCGUUAUUGCGGUGCUUUGUGGGAUUGAAUGAGUGUACUCGAUAAUGUCCACUUUAUUAGGUUUAAGGGUAUAUGGGGUGAUUUUAAGGGUAUAGGGGGUGAUUUUUGACACAACCUUGUACAUUCUGAUUCACAAAUCAUUAAUCUUUUGAGCCUGUUCGUUUCAGUGAACCAUUUGAUCUGGUUCACAAAUCAGUUCUUGAGUUCUCACUUAAUAACCACUGAUCCAUGAUUCAUUGAUCCGUUUUCCAUUGGUGCUUAAUUCGGCGGUUCACUGGAGGGGAAGAUUAUAGGUGAAUAAUGAAUUCAUUUUUUUUUUUUUUU